CCUACAGAAGCUCAAAAGAGCCCUCGAAUGCGAGUUCCUUCCGCCAUCGGAGCUUUGCUGUGCGGUUCCGCAGAAUUUGUUGGGACGACUUCUGCGCUGAGCUGGCGGCGCGCCCUGCUCGCUCGUCGGGGGAUGGCCGCGAGAAGCACCAGCUCCGUGAGAAGUGUCUUUGAGGCGCCGCGCUUGUCCAUCAGCUCCUGCGGUGAGGGGGAGGUGCUCUUUUUUGUGCAUGGCUGGCCAGAUGAUGCUUCUGUUUGGCGUGCACAAGUGGAUCGAUUGAAGGACAAAUACCAGUGUAAGUGUGUGACAAUGCCCCACUUUGGCGGCCGCGAAAGUGCCAUAGCCCUCCAGCAUCGGCCUCAGGGCUACAGCUUCGAGGAGAUGGCGGAGAUCUUGGCGGAUAAUAUUCGCCGAGACUGUGGAACGUCUCCAGUGACCUUGGUCCUUCAUGACUGGGGAUGUGUUUGGGGCUUCAUGUUGCAGACUCGUCAUCCAGAUUUGGUGAAGAGGAUUGUUGCCUUGGAUGUAGGGCUGCCUUCUUGUAUGUCCGGCUUCGAGAAGGUGUCGGUGGCCUUGCUGACCUAUCAGUUUUGGCCCUUGACGGCCUAUUUCCUUCUGCGCGUCUCCGCACGCCUGGGGUCUCCAUUUCGACGCUGGGGUCAAGCUGUGGCGGACUGGAUGAUCCGUGCCUUCACCAAGUUCAUUGGCUAUGGCAGCAAGCGGAUCACCGCCGAUGCUUCUUAUCCAUACGUUCACUUUUUGACUGGACUGGGUUUUCGCGAGCCGAAGCUGACCGCUGGUGCAGUGUUGCCAUCCUGCCCGUGCCUCUUCAUGUAUGGGAAGCGCAAGCCCUACAUGUUUCACAGUGCAGCCUGGGAGCGGCACUUGAGGUCGCGCAGUGACUGCGAGGUGAUCCCUGUGAACGCAGGACAUUGGUUACAGGUGCAGAAAGCGGAGCUAGUGAACCACGCGAUCGAGACAUGGCUGGAGAAAAAAGACAUGGGAGCUGCACCGCACAUGUGCCAAGAUAGCAGAUUUCAAGCUACAUCAUGCAUUUUCUUGCGGGCUUAUAUGCCGUGGAUCUAAGAGGCCGAUCAGAGGAGUUUGCGUCAUUCGGCGCAUCGUGCGAAGAGUUCGGGUGUGCGCAUGCAUG